AUGGCCAAGCAAUCUCGUGGUGCCCCUGGUGGCAAGCUCAAGAUGACCCUCGGUCUCCCCGUCGGUGCCGUCAUGAACUGCGCCGACAACUCUGGUGCCCGUAACCUGUACAUCAUCUCCGUCAAGGGUAUCGGUGCUCGCCUGAACCGUCUGCCCGCCGGCGGUGUCGGUGACAUGGUCAUGGCCACCGUCAAGAAGGGAAAGCCUGAGCUGCGAAAGAAGGUCCACCCCGCCGUCAUUGUCCGACAGUCCAAGCCCUGGAAGCGAUUCGACGGUGUUUUCCUGUACUUCGAGGACAACGCUGGUGUUAUCGUCAACCCCAAGGGUGAGAUGAAGGGCUCUGCCAUCACUGGCCCCGUCGGCAAGGAGGCUGCUGAGCUGUGGCCCCGUAUUGCCAGCAACUCCGGUGUCGUCAUGUAA